UCAGAUUCUCUUUCCUACUAUUAGGCAGCACUGUCCACGAACGCAUUUAACUCAACACGAGGCAUUAGUCAAUGUUUGAUCAACUCAGGCACAGCAAAAAGCAUACCUACCGGGCCGCGGAAAGCCCCCGUUCCGACUGGAACUGCUUUCCCCGGAUUCCGAGAACCGUGACGUAAGCGGAGAUCUUUCUCCAUUCAUCUAACAGAACUCCAACUGCGAUUGAUAUAAAUUGCAUUGAUCUCUCUCUUUACUCAUACAUUUACAUAUUCAAAUAUACCUCAAUUGCAAUUGCAGUUUUACAUACAGUCCACCCACCAUCUUAUAUCCUCCACAGCACUGUCACAGCAAUCACAAUGGUUACUACUCUGACCGUCCCCGACAACUACGGCGCUGCCAUUGCCAUCGCCCUCGGUGCCAUCCCUAUCAUGGGCUUCGUUCACGGCAACGUGGUCACCAGUCUUCGGAAGCCGGCCAAGGUGCCGUACCCGCACACUUACGCGACCGUGGAACAAUGCAAGGAGAAUCCCAAAGCCGAACAAUUCAACUGCGCCCAACGCGCCCACUCGAACUUCCUCGAGAACGCAACACAAGCCAUGCUCUUCAUCCUGGUCGCAGGACUGAAAUACCCCCAGCUGGCGACAGGCCUCGGCGCGGCGUGGACGGUCUGCCGCGGUCUCUUCCUCUACGGAUACGUCUACUCGGGUAAACCGCAGGGUCAGGGACGGUACCUGGGGUCGUGGUUCUGGCCCAUUCAGGGUAUUCUCUGGGGAUUGACUGUUUUCGGGGUCGCGAAGGAUUUGAUUUCUUGGUAGAUGUACUUGUCGGGUUGUAGGUAGGUAAAGUUUCGAGGAAAUUACGGCCAAAUGUACAAUAUUACCUAUUAGGAUGGCUGUUUCGGUAGGGCUAAAAUGGUGGCUUUGUUUAUUGUUCAUGUCAUAUGUGGAGUGGUUCCUUCGUUAA